GGGUUCGCGUGGAACAACCAAAAGGUUCGACAGCGAAACUGGCUUGCAACUCGAACAUCGAGAGGUGGUUUUUGGGAACGGUGUUGCCGGGUGGAUUCUGUUAACAUUUUUGUCGCGUGUUUUGCGGUCUGUUGUUGUGGUUGCGGUUGCACGCAAACUACAAGCCCCCAGAACACGGCCAGGAUGCCGGGCAUGGCCAACAACAACUACCAAUGAACAGCAUCCUGCGUCCUUUGGUUGGCUUAAGCCGAAGCUCAACUUCGGCUCGCUCUGUCGGCCGUCGUUUCGUCCCGGCCUGUUAUCACUCGUCCAACGCGGCGUAUACGUAACAGCACUUUUCAUUCGUUGGAUUUUCUUUUCUUGUUGUUGGCGGAAAAGCCAGAGCCGGGCUCUGUGCGAGCAUUAAGUGGCGUCGGAAAAUCAGUUUCGCUACGGAUUCUGCACGAAGCGGACGCGUUUUUAUCACAGUUGUUAACCUGAAACCGCGAGUGAAUGAUCCUGGCUGACGGAAAGUCGUACUCAAGUGCAAUGUGAUCGGUGAAAAAGUGGGAGAAUCUGACCUAACGUGCUACGAUUGCUGUGGUGCAAAAUGACUACUAACUAAAAAAUUAUUUGUGGCUCUGCUUUUUGAUAAUUAAAAAGUUUGUUUAAAAUUCUGCUACGCAAAAUGGUCUUACAAGAUUGGCUUUGUCUAACCAAAACACAUUAUAAGUGAUUGCCCAAGGAAAAAACGAAGCGAAACGAAAAAUCUUAAAUUUGGUAAUUGCCACGAGCCAAAAAUUGCGAUAACAAAACCGUGUGAAAAACUCCGAGCAAAAGCGAAACACAAACAAACCCCUUGGCGUUUCGAAAAAAAAAACUAAAACGGAGGAGAGGUGGUAAAAACUGAGCGCGUAGAUCCGAGAGGAUGCACUUUGGCCAGGAGACGAGGCCAACCUUGGGGCUCCUGGCUGUGGCUGAGUCGACCGCAACGGCAAGUUGAUGUUGCCCCCGUCCUGGCAUCUAAUUGGGGCCCUCCUCGUGCUCGCGGCAACAGCGGGGGACUCCACCAACAAGAUCAUCUUGCCGCAGAUUCUCAACGGCGGCAUCGGCGGCGGCGGCGGCGGCGGGGGCAUUGGAAUUGCCCCGGGCAAACAUCCGUCCGGCUCCAAGACAGUUGGAGCGGUUGGAGCGGUGCCAAGCCACGGCGGACAAGGGGGAGUGGGAUCGGGAGGAGGAGGAGGCGGAGGAGCAGGACCUGUGGCUGGCAGUGGAACCGGCAGCACCGUGGUCGGGAGCAAUGGCGUGAUUGUGGCCGGAGGCGGGGCCAAUGUGCCGACCUCGAAUUUAAACAUUGUCGUCGAAGAACCCGAAUUUACUGAAUACAUCGAAAACGUAACUGUACCUGCUGGACGUAAUGUUAAACUCGGCUGUUCCGUCAAGAAUCUGGGUUCAUAUAAGGUCGCCUGGAUGCACUUUGAGCAGUCGGCCAUCCUGACCGUGCACAACCACGUGAUCACGCGGAAUCCGCGGAUCAGCGUCACGCACGACAAACACGACCGCCACCGCACGUGGUAUUUGCACAUAAACAACGUGCACGAGGAGGACAGGGGCCGAUAUAUGUGCCAGAUCAAUACGGUGACGGCCAAAACGCAGUUCGGCUACCUGAACGUAGUGGUUCCACCCAAUAUUGAUGACUCGCUGAGCUCCAGCGAUGUAAUUGUUCGGGAGGGAGCCAACAUUUCGCUGAGGUGUCGAGCCAGUGGCAGUCCCAGACCCAUUAUCAAAUGGAAACGCGAUGAUAACUCCCGCAUCGCCAUCAAUAAGAAUCACAUAGUUAACGAGUGGGAGGGCGACACCCUCGAGAUAACUCGAAUUUCCCGACUGGACAUGGGCGCCUAUCUGUGCAUCGCCUCCAAUGGGGUUCCCCCGGUUUCCAAGCGCAUCAAAGUCAGCGUGGACUUUCCCCCAAUGCUGCUUAUACCCCAUCAAUUGGUUGGUGCUCCAGAAGGUUUCAACGUGACCAUCGAGUGCUUCACUGAGGCACAUCCCACAUCUCUAAAUUAUUGGACACGUGGCGAGGGACCAAUUAUUCACGAUUCGCACAAGUACAAAGUUGAAGCUACAAUCGGACUGCCACCUUAUAAAACCCAUAUGAAGUUGACCAUCACCAAUGUCAGCAGUGGCGAUGAUGGCAUUUACAAAUGUGUGGCCAAGAAUCCCAGAGGCGAAACGGAUGGCAUAAUACGACUUUAUGUAUCCUAUCCUCCAACUACUGCCUCAUCGGGUCUUUACUCCACGGAUUCUCAUUGGGGAGAAAAUGGGAUCAACAAUAAUUAUGCAUACGGUGGUUCUGAUUCCACAAGAUCCAUUUAUUCGUCGGACAAAAAUACGCGGUAUCAAUCGAACUUGAACGAAAUCGGUUUAUCUGAACAAAAAUCCUUCCUAGAUAAGACGCAGAAUCCGCUGUUGGCCAAUGGCAAUGCCAACGAGGCGGAUGCGGAAUCCGGUGGAUGCCACAACCCUUCGAUGGCAAUUGCGUGGCUGUUGGUCGUCAUCUCGACGCUAUUGUUAACAAUCCGAUCUGCGGUUGGUUCUAGCCUUAGCGUAAGUCUAUGUUAGUUAACGCAAAUCUAGCCUAGAGUUACCUAAUCACCUAUGUACGGGAUUAACCUUAAGGCUUCACGUAACGUUAGCGAAUUAAAUAUACCGAAGUAUGUGUAAUCGACUAGACCCUAGUGAAACUGACCCUAAUUACGAUCCGCCCUUCCCCCAUAUAUAUAAUUCGACAUAUAUGUAAAACACGCAUAUAUGUCAGCAUAUGUAUAGCCAUCAAUCACGAUCCUUUAGUCGGAAAUCUAUAUACACUCGUAUUCACCAUCUAUGUCUAGGAGGUAAGUCAAACCAGAAAAAGGGUAAAUGCAAUUUCAUUUUGCUUUCAAUGCUGUGCUUCAAACUGAUAAAGUUUCAUAGUUACCACAUAAUAUACCACAGUCUAUACAAAGAUAUGCAUACACAUCUAUAUAUUAGUGCGUUAAACGCUGCUGACUCACACGUGCAUAUAAGAUCACAGACACUCAAUUAUAUUAUUAUGCAUACGCCUUAAGGAUUGCAAGUUAAAAUGCAAAGUAAGCCUAGAAAUUAAGCCACCACACAUAUCGAUCACCAAAAUUGUUUAAGUAAGCCAAAAAUGUAAAAGCCCGUAAUGUAUAGAUUUUCUGUAGAUAUAGACAAGUUGAGUUAAGUGUUUCGAUUUAUUUAAAGUUCGAUUUGAGUGGACAAAAGCUUUGAAAACAAAAAUCUAAAAUGGUAAACCAAUAAAAGGAAAGUAAACAAAAUAUACUGCAGCUACUAGCCAUAAAAUAUUUCCUACAACAAAUAUCCAGAGUAAACUAUAAAUGCCAAACUAUACAGAUAAUUGUUAAUUUGUACAAUUUGAAAAACAAUUAGUAAAACCAUCCUCGUUUCCAUUCGGCUCGUAAACAAUUUGUACCACAGCUCAUCAGAUCAAAUCUUUAUGUUCAUCAUAAACCAACAAUUUAAUUACGAUGUAACAAACGGAUUAAUAUUAAUGUAAAGAUAAAUCGGAAUGUUAAACAUUUAAGCUAUAAUAAUACAAAUUAAAAUUGUGUUGCUUUUAAUACAAAUUAUAACAGAAUACAAAAAGCAUGUUGAAUGAUGAGAAAUAUAUUCGAAUUGAACGGCGAGCUAUGGACACAAUUGACAAAGAUAUAUAGCAUUAUAUACAAUUAUAGACAUACGUAUAUACAAACAAGGAACACACGCAUACACGGACUACACUUAUGUAACAUGUAUUUAAGCAUAUAAAAUGAGUUGUAACUGAGGCAUUAAAUUAAAUAAAAAUCCCAAAAAG